GUAAUUUUAUGUGUCUAUUUUUGUAUGUUGUAUGAUUUCGUUGUCGUUUUUCCCCUUCCUACAUUUGAUAUCUUUCUAUAGUUUACCUCCCCUACAGUAGGUGGCGGCAUGCACCUAUAGGAUUGUUUGCGGACCGCCAUAAUACUGCGGGAAGAAGACAUCCUGUUGCAGCUGAGCCCAGACAGCCAUGAGUAGCAGUGCGUUUGCUUUGAUAUGUAUACGGUGCAUUCUUUUUCUCCGCAUCCUCAGUCCUGUUGAAGUUUGUGAGCACAGCCCUGCAACUGCAAGCAAUCAUUCAUCAGCGCAGCUAAGAGAAAAGACCGCAAUGGAAGGGUGGAAGAGUCACGUGCGCGCUAGACUGUUCCAGAGAGAUUGUACACAAAAGGACCCAUUCAGUGGUAUCUUUAACACCUUGUCCGAGCUAGCGGAACAGCUUGAUUUACGGGAUACACUUUGGGAUGAGGUACAGAGACCCAGUUCUGAAGGAGAUGUUGGGCUGACGGUUGACCACAGAGAACUAUACCUCCAGCUCAGAGAGAGUGAACAUAUAACAGAAAAGCUCUCUCAGACAGUCUCUGACCUGACCACCGUCAUGUACCUGAAAGAUGCUGAGCUUCAAUACUGCCACUCACAAGUCUCCCGCUAUCGGAAGGAAGCUGUCACUCAAACCAGGGAGGCCAACCUUCUGCAGGCCAGCCUAUCAGAAUUUGAGUUUGCAUUGGCGAGCCAAUCAGAGGAGUUGGCAGCUCUGCGGUUGGAGCAGCGGGAGCUGAAGGAGGGGCUUGCAGCGGCCUGGAGAGAGAAAGAAGAGCUUCUGGAGCGAUGGAUGGAUGAGAAGAAGGAGGAAGCGGAGAGGGUGAACAGGCACAAUGACACACAGGAAAGGUGGCAUCGUUUCACCCGGCGACUCAACAAGCAUCACCGUAGAGAGAUGCUGCGACCAUGUGAGCAGACCAACUCCUGGACGACUGGUAGGCCUACAACUGAACCAGCAACCACCAUACAGAAGGAGGGUGGUGCACACUGCCCAGGAUGGACCUUUUAUCCCAAAAGCCUCCAGCACUGAUACACUCCUUCCUGUAAGACACACUGAAAAAAACUAGACCUUGAAUGUGACUUUUUUGUGUAUAUAUUGAAGGAUAUUUGAAUGUGGGCUUUUAAUCAAUACUGUUGUGAAUUUCAGAUACGGUAUGUAUAGGCUUGUAAAUUAGUACCCAAGACCUAACUCAAUGUUUUCAAAUACCAUGAGAAUAAAGUAACUGUUCAGUCAUAUUUUUCA